UUUCUGGCUUCUCUUUGCUCCUUUCAUCUGUUCUCUCAACCUUCGGAGAUUCUGUGCCGGGAAACUAUCCCCUACCACCAAGGUAGCUGGGGUGAGCCCCAAAUCUUGCCGCCUGUUCUCCACACUGUGCCUGCAACUCACAGAGUCUGAAUCUUACCAUCAAGGUCUGAACACUCCCAGAAGUUCUGCCUUUUCUUUUCUCUUAGUUGUCUCCUGUACUCCCCAAAAUUUCCCCACCUCCUGUAUCCUCUUCGCCCCCCUCCUUUGGGGGCCCCGUGACCCUGAAUGUGGGGGGCACGCUAUAUUCAACCACUUUGGAGACCCUGACUCGCUUCCCAGACUCCAUGCUGGGAGCCAUGUUUAGGGCCCCCAUGGCCCCCAACCUCAAUCCCCAGGGAGGUGGCCAUUACUUCAUCGACAGAGAUGGCAAGGCCUUCCGACACAUUCUCAAUUUCCUGCGGUUGGGGCGCCUUGAUCUGCCCCGUGGGUAUGGGGAGACAGCACUUCUCAGGGCAGAGGCUGACUUCUACCAGAUCCGGCCCCUCCUGGAUGCCCUUCGAGAACUGGAAGCCUCUCGGGGAACCUCUGCACCCACAGCUGCCUUACUCCACGCAGAUGUAGAUGCCAGCCCACGGCAGGUGCACUUCUCUGCCCGCCGUGGUCCACACCACUAUGAGCUGAGCUCAGUCCAGUUGGACAUCUUCCGAGCCAACCUCUUCUGCACUGACCCAGAGUGUUUGGGUGCAAUGCGGACCCGAUUUGGUGUGACCGAUGAGGACAGAGCAGAAGGGGGUCCACAUUUCCGACUGGAGUGGGCCCCCCGCCCCACAGAACUCCCAGAGGCCGAGUACAGGAGGCUGGGGCUGCAGUCUCUGUGGACUGGGGGGCCAGGAGAGCGACGGGAGGUCGUGGGCGCGCCAGGCUUCCUGGAAGAGGUAUUGCGGGUGGCUCUAGAGCACGGCUUCCGUCUAGAUUCCGUCUUCCCUGACCCCGAAGACCUGCUGAACUCCAGAUCACUGCGCUUUGUCCGGCACUAAGAAAUAAGAACCUGCCUUUGGUUUCAUUGUUGGGGGUAAAGAAUUGAGUAGCUAUGGAGACAAAGUCACCUUGAAGCCUCUUCCUAGUUCUGUCUCCCUGUGAGCUGUGAGAGUCAGGGGCCCCACUGCACCUGACUGGAGCCCACUGAGGACUCCAGGUCGUCCAGAGGUUCUGGACUGUUGCUUAUUCUGGGAAGGGUCGGGAAGAUUUCCCUGACUUGUUCUCAUAUGAGGCUGGGGCAACUCCUUUCCAUGAAUGAAGCUCAGUAUUCAAGGGUCUAGAAAAACAAGGCUAGGCCUAAUAGAUCUCUGGAGGGACACCAAGUUCUGGAAAAGGGUAGUUUGGGGUUGCUCUAGUAUGGUCUCUUGUAUCAGGGCUUCUCCUUGUGGCUCAACCAAUGAGAGGCGGGAAUACUCUGGAACAUGGGAAAAGGGAUUCUUUGCUAUGUUUUAAACUACGUAUUGAGGGAGAUAGAAAGUCUACACCCCCCAACCUCGGUUGGUAAAAUGGAGCUAGGAGAAGCCCCAUUAACUGUGGGACUGGAGCAUCCCUCUAAAAUCCAGCUGUUAAAGGGUCCCAUACUGAUGGUAGAGCCGGCCAUGAGAAGGAAGGUGGCGCCUUCUGGGCUGUGCGUGUGCGCGUUUGCGCCUUCACAUGCUCGUACAUGAGCAUAUCACCCACUGUGUAUGCCUGAUGUGUGGGGCCCUGACACCUUGCCUCCCAUCUAUGUUACUAGAAAUGGUAUCUGUGUUGUUUUGUCUGUGGUCUCUGCGUGCCCAAGCCUGUUUAGCGUUGCCCAGCAACUGUUUUGGCACCAGGUGUGUCCUGAAUAGAUUGUGAAUUACUAGCUUAAUCACAAGGGGUGUGUCUGUGUGUGCAUGCAUGUGUGUUCCCAUCACGGUGCAGGCAGGAGGGGCCUGUUGGGGUUGAGUCAUUGGGAUCUUCCUAGUGAGAGGUUAGAAAAGUCACUGGUCUUAGCCAGCCCCAGAGGCCUGUGAGGAACUCUUGGUUUCUAAGGCAACAUGGGCCUGUUGCUAGGAGAUAGCUAGGGAAGGCCCAAGGCUGCUCUGGGCAGAGAGGAGAUAGCUUGGAAGAGUGGGGGAGGAUAUGUGAUAGGAUUUCUGGGUCCUACAGGAUGGUAUACUCAUAUACGGACACUUGGCUGGGGGAGUCACUGAUUAUUUAUCACUCACUGGUCAUGAUUUAUAAGAAGAAAAAUAAAAUUGCU